AGAUGGUCACGGUGGAACGGGCACGGGGUGCAAUUGCUGUGGGUUGCAGUAGUGACGGUGGAUAGUUGACCGGAAGAAAUGUCAGUCGGAUCACCUGUUUGAUAGGAUGGUGCUGGAAUUAGGGUAAAUCGUGGAGGUGGUGAUUGUGGGAUCAGGACGUCAUUGUGGGGGUGGAAGCAGGGACUGUGGAAAUGGUGUUCUCCUUAUUUAGCGACAACAGACGCCUGCAUGUCUGGAUUGGUGCAUGGUCGCGAUGUCUAGGGGCGAGACACUGUUGGAACUGUACAUCAAAAGUGCUUAGAUCUUGGAACGUAAUACCUUUGUAAUGAUGAAUACACAAAUGCACUCAAAUGAUCAAUCAGCAAUGUUUCUCAGAGACAAGGGGGCGUGGGAGAACGCAAUAGCUGCUUACAGCGGUCCCGAUCCAUUGGAAUUAUGGUAUAAUUACAUUUGCUGGUAUGAUUACAAUAUGCGCGUGGAUCCAGAAAAUAAAUUUCGUGAAGCGCUCGAAAAAUGCUUAACAUUAUUCGAACAUAACGAGCUUUACAAACAAGACGUUCGAAUGAUUAAGCUUUGGGUUAAAUAUCUCGAUCUUCAAACAAACCCUCUUAACUUGUAUCAAAUACUUUAUCAAAGAGGAGUUGGGACACGAUGCUCUUGCUUCUACAUUGGUUGGGCCCAUUAUUAUGACUCGGCGAAUGCUUUCAAGCAAGCUGAGUCAGUGUACAAUUUAGGAUUUCAGGCGAAAGCUGAGCCCUAUGAUGAGCUGCAGGAGGCCCAUACAAAAUUUCGUCUGUCGUUAUCACAUCGAAUGUUGUACACCGACAAUUCAUCAAAAAAGCGCACUGCAAAUCACUUAAUCGAACAACGACAACAAAUUACUACGUUAAAUCCUUCUAAAAGAAUCAAAACUGAUGCACCGGAAACUACGGCAGGAUCUCCGUCUUGCAACAAUAGUUUUUCAGAAUCACAAGUCCAACAGACGCCGCAGGUUCAACAACAGAAUCAAACGCAAACACAACCUGUUCAAGUUCAUCAAAAUCAUUCUCACACACAACAAAUACCACAACAUCCGGGUUACAGUCAAGCACAACAAUCGUAUCAGAGCUAUUCUCAGACUCCCCAGAAUAAUCAACAACAAUACGUUCCCGCGACGGAGACCUCUCAAGCCUAUGUCCAAGUUCAGCAAAGUCAAAGCCAGAACUAUACUCAAACUCAACAAGUUAAUCAUCAGAGUCAGCCAUCUCCUGGGCAACAAUUUCAAAAUAAUGUCCAAACCCCACAAGGGACACCGGUGCAACAUCAACAAGCGACACCGGUGCAAUCUCAAGCAGCGCAUCAAACAGUGAAUACAUACACUCAUGUCGAAUCAGAUCAAUGUAAUCUGAAGAAUAGUGCUUACGUGAUUUCCUCGUCACUUAACUAUAUAUACAACGACACGCAGGACGAUGCUCAACAGAUGAUUGAGUAUCCGCUUGAAAAUGUAAAACUGCCACAAAAUUUUGUACGUUUUAGUAAAAAUAAUCACGAAAGCUGGAAACCAUUACUCUGCCUCGAAGAACCUUUUGAUCCUAACCGCCGGUGUGUGUAUCGUAAGGAUCUAGUUUAUCCUGGUGGUGGAAUCGAAUUCAGUCCAGAGGAGAUUAGAGCUAGAAAAUGGGCAAAGAAGCUGCAAGAAUUACGAUAUAGUAAAAUGACUCAGCAGCAGAUGCAGCCUCAACAGCAAAUGUCCGUACCUGCCACUUCUUCGCACAACACACACAAACCUGCCAAAGUCCAGCAAACGCAUUACGAGCAUCAGUACAAUCAUCAACCUGCUAACAACACAGUUUACGGUCGGGAGCUUGAAGAACAAAUCGAGGCAUCUACAAUUCGAUUUAGCAGUGAUACAGGCACCGGAACAAAGAACAAAACCAUCACCAUAAAGUUCAAAAGAGACAAGUCAGCGCCAAACUCGAAUAGUUUUAGUAGUUCUGUUAGUAUUGGGGAAAGUUAUGGUACGUCGGCUGCUGAACAGUCUUACACUGGCGAAGAGAAACAUUAUCAAAGCUAUGAACAGAAUAAUGAAGGGUUCCAUAGUAAUGGCGAAGUUUACUAUGUCGACUCGAAAGAGUCUAACAAUUAUAGCUAUCAGCAGAUGCCAACUAACUCGACACCUGUACAAAAAGUCAAGAAAGUGAAAAAAGUGAAAAUUGUAAAUAAAUAUGAUGACUCGAGAAAGUAUUCCGCAACUAGUGUAAAUAACAACACCUCAGAACAUGUGUCGUCUAGGAAAAGCCAAUACGAUGAUGCCAAUUUACUUCUUUCCAUUGCGAAUAUGCAUUCAAGUGAAGCACGAUCUUCUGAUAAUGCAAACAUCUCAACGGCAACCAAUGAAACGUUGACAUGCAAUGAUGAUUCCCUGUCCAAUACCGAUUUCAAUUCAACAUACAGCGAAAGCCCGUAUCCGAAUCGGUCCAAUUGUUCAACGCCAGUACGAAAACUCUCCCAAUCCUACUCGUCAAAAGCAUCAACGCCUUUAUAUCGCAGCCUUAAACGACACACGUCAAACUUGUCUGUACAAAACGAUGAUUCCAUGUGCUCCUACGAACAAAACAGUUUCUUCGCCACAGAAAACAAUGAUGAUUUGAAACAGAAACGAUUAGACAAAGCUCUCGCCACAAUUGACACACAUUUAGCAAAACAAGCGAUAGAUCCUUUCAAUUCAGAGUUGUGUAAGGCGUUUUUGACGAAGAUCGACUUUCCCAGUCGCGAUGUUAAUGAAACGUAUAAAGUUGUGAAUACGCCGAUCCCCAAGCUGGCGAAUGUGAAGGUUACAAGCUUGGCUGACGUGCCGUAUAGCAUUGAGAAGGAAGUUGGUAGAGGCUCGUAUGGUUCGGUAUAUAAGGCGACGAAUAUGAAUACAGGACAGGUUGUCGCUUUGAAAUAUCAGAAGCCCCCGAAUAUUUGGGAGAUUUAUAUUUGUACGGAAGUGUGUAAGAGGAUUACAAAUUAUGAUAUUCUUUCAGGAUUCAUGGACUUGUCAUCGGCUAUUAUCGCGCCGAAUGCUAGUAUUCUCGUAACGGAGUUCUCUCCAUAUGGUUCCUUAUUAGAUAUUAAUAAUAAAAUUAGGCAAUCAACAAAAAAGGUUAUGCACGAGAGUCUUGUGAUGCAUUUUAGUAGUCAAAUCCUAAAUGUGGUGAGCCAUCUACAUUCCUGUCAGAUUAUUCAUGCUGACAUCAAGCCGGAUAACUUUUUAUUGAUGAAAGUGCCGUGCUCAGACUCGCAUAUUCCUUCAUUGAGGCUAAUAGAUUUUGGAUGUGCUAUUGACAUGACGUUGUUCCCAGAACGAACUGAAUUCAAGAAGGUUAUUCAAACCGAUGGAUUCACUUGCAUUGAAAUGCAAGAAGGCCGUCAUUGGUCCUAUCAGACUGAUUACUUUUGUGUAGCCGGAACUGUUCAUGUGAUGCUUUUUGGCGAAUAUAUGCAAGUGGUUAAGAAAUUCGGAGCGUGGGAUAUAAAACAAAAACUGCCAAGAUAUUUGAAAAAACACGUGUGGACAGAUUUCUUUACAAAAAUGUUGAACAUCAAAGAUGUAGAUCGUUUACCCGAUCUUAUGGAUAUGAAAAGUAAUAUGGACGAUGAGGCAAGCAAAAUGGAUUCAGAAUUACAGACCCAAAUCCGAACCCUAUCCAACUUGUUGCAUCGACGCUAAUGGAUAAAUUGUGGUCCGUCUAUUUCUGAAAAAAAACUUGGUACUGAUUCUUUAUUCUACAAAAUAAAGAUUAAUGAUUAGGAAUUAUCAAAUGGCAUAGGAUUUGUCAAAUUUUAUAUUUUCGUUAUUCUCUCCAAUUCUUUUCGAUUUUUAGGGGUUUAGUAUUAUCAACGGGAAAACGCUAUACCAAAUGAAAAACAAAACAAAACUAACUUCCCUGCUCCCCAUAUAUCUUAGUUUAGCUUUUUUUUUUGUAAGUCGAAAACGUUGAAAACAAUUUAUGUAUCUCACCGAUAAUAAAACUUUUUAUUUUAUGUAUUAUAAUUACUUUAA